AUGCAAAUUUUUGUGAAGACCUUGACUGGAAAGACCAUCACCUUGGAGGUGGAGUCUUCGGAUACUAUUGACAACGUUAAGAGCAAGAUCCAGGACAAAGAGGGUAUUCCACCCGACCAACAGAGACUGAUCUUUGCGGGUAAGCAGUUGGAAGACGGAAGAACACUUUCUGACUACAAUAUCCAGAAGGAGUCUACGCUUCACCUAGUUCUGAGACUACGGGGUGGUAUGCAGAUCUUCGUCAAGACACUGACUGGAAAAACCAUCACUUUGGAGGUGGAAUCUUCGGACACUAUCGACAACGUCAAGAGCAAGAUCCAGGACAAAGAGGGUAUUCCACCCGACCAACAGAGACUGAUCCUUGCGGGUAAGCAGUUGGAAGACGGAAGAACACUUUCUGACUACAAUAUCCAGAAGGAGUCUACGCUUCACCUAGUGCUGAGACUACGUGGUGGUAUGCAGAUCUUCGUCAAGACACUGACUGGAAAAACCAUCACUUUGGAGGUGGAAUCUUCGGACACUAUCGACAACGUCAAGAGCAAGAUCCAGGACAAAGAGGGUAUUCCGCCCGACCAACAGAGACUGAUCUUUGCGGGUAAGCAGUUGGAAGACGGAAGAACACUUUCUGACUACAAUAUCCAGAAGGAAUCCACGCUCCACUUGGUGUUGAGAUUACGUGGUGGGUUGUAA